AUGUCCAGUAAUUUAGGCAAAGCGUUUAUUUCUCAACUUUCUAAAGAAACGGAUCAUAAAUCGCUGAUUCAUAUUUGUGAAGAAAUGUUUCCAAUAAUUAAGGAAGUAGCAAAAAAUAAAAAUGGAUUUGAAAAGGCUAUGGAUUUGUUGUUACAUUUGGAAAAAUUAACCAGAAACGCUAAACAUUAUGAAUCCAACGCCCAAGUUUUGAUUGAGAUUGCAUCUUUAUGUGUUGAAACGAAUCAUUGGAGAGACUUGAAUGAUUAUCUUGUAAUUUUAUCAAAUCGAAAAUCAUUUAUAGAAAAAUCUGUUGUGGCUCUGAUAAAACAUUGUCUAAUGAUAAUUCGAUCAAUUAAAAUUGAGAAAAUUAUUCAACUAGAAUUAAUGAAAGUUUUAUAUGGCAUAACAAAAGGUAAAAAUUAUUUGGAAUUGGAAAGAGCAAAACUUAGUAAAGUAAUGGCAGAUCACUAUGAAGAAGAAAAUAAUGUUGGUAAAGCUAUAGAAAUUUUGGAAGAUUUAAAAUGUGAAACAAUAUCUAAUUUGGAUAACAGGGAAAAGAAUAUAUUCGUUAUAUCAUUAUAUUACGAGCGUAUUUAUAUAAAAAGGAUGAGUGAAAUUCUUUGCAUUACUAUAGAAAAAUGUGAAAAUUUAAUUUCUAAAUUAAUAUCUAAUGGUCGUAUUUUGGCAAAAAUCGAUCGUUUAACUGGAGUUAUUAAUUUUAACAAAGUUAAACGAACUGGACAAAUAUUGAAUGAUUGGAUUUUCAAUAUAAAUGAAUUAACGAUCAAAGUUAAUAAUUCAUUUCAUGAUGUGAAUAAAAUGCAAUAUUAA